AUGGGCAAACUGGACGGAGAGCUUAUCAUGUCAAUAGUGGAGCACCACAUUACACUGAUUCGGAUCUACGAAGAGAGACCAGACCAAAUUCCAGUUCCUCUCGAGCAGCCUCCAAAGCUAACCAACCAGGAGCUGGCGAUCGCAAGGUCAUACGAGUUUCAGGUCCUUCCUGCUCUCUUCGGCGGCAAAAUCCCCACAUUACCUUAUCGCAUCGUUGCAGCCUACCCACAAGAGACUGCGUGCAACUACAAAGGACUUGGAAUCCUUGCCACUCGUUCGGUCGUCGUUGUUAAGCGCGGAGGAUGUUCAUUUGGCACAAAACUCCGAGCGAUUCAGCACGUUGGUGGUGCUGGAAUGCUUCUUGUCAACAGCGAUGAGUCUCUAAUUCCAUUGAUGACAGACUCAAGAGAGCUGGAAGGACUCAAGAUUUGGGGUGCGAGCAUCAACUUGAGGAACGGCACCGCAAUCCUAGAAGUUCUAGCGAAAACGAAGAACCUCCCCACGCUUGUGAAAAUAGCAGCCCGUGAAGAUGAUUCAACAAAUAUCACCACUUCCAAUUAG